AUGGCCUCUACUACGUUAAAGGGAAAAGAACCUGCGAGACCUCUCGCCCGCAUCGACGUCGACCAUCCUCCUAAGGAGUCUCUUCUCCCCGUAGAAUCCAACCUUAUCGCGGACCCACUUCUUCAGUUCUUCGAGGGUAGUGAUAGAGCUAUUAUCUCCUACUGA